UGCGGCUGCCGCUGUCGGGCGCUGUUCGCCAGCAGAGCCAGAAAACAGAAAACAGAAACAGAAAACAGUUACAAGAUGUUCAUCGAAGUGACUGGAACGCCGCAGCGGUUAAACGGAAACGGUCGCAUGGACUCUUGAGCAGCCGAAGAAGCUCGCUUCCGAAAUCGCUGAAAAUCUAAAGCACAAUCGCGUUCUUCAAGUGGAAACGUUAGCACAAACAACAUAAAACGCAUACACACACACCGCCCGCAGCAAUCAAAGUGAAAUCAAAACAACGCAAAUUCCCAAUAUUCGAAUAAGAACCAUUUUCGAUUCCAAUUCUCAAACUGUGAAACAAGAAGUGCAUUCGGUUUUCCUGCUCGUGGAGCUAUUGUUAUUUUUAAAUCGCUGACCGCAGAAUAUUUUUACUGCUUAAAAUAGACGGCAACACACAAAAAAGAGAUGCCGCCGAAACAGAAAUAAACCAAAAAACCCAAAGGGUAAAAACUCGAAAGUGCCAAAACAAACAAGAAUUUCACUUAGAAAAAGUGCGUGCUCUAAAAAUAUACACAAAUCCAACAACGCAACCAAGUGGCAACUGGGAAUUUAUUUUGCUGCCCCAAUCCCAACACAAAACUGCAUUUUGUUAAAUAUUCAAUCUGGAAAAGCAAAGUGUCAAAGUGUAGUGCGAAAAUAUUUAUAAAUCUCUGCCAAAACAUAAACAACCAAACGAUAGAGGAGAAUUCAACUCGCAUUUCGUGCAUUUUAUAAGGAUUUUCGUUUUUUGGAAUACUAAAAAGAAAAAAAAAAGAAACAGAAGUACAAGAAGCGGAAUCCAUUAGUUCCGCGUUAAAGUGUUAAAACCAAUUGAUUCUUGGAUACUUCGUGAACUUUGCAUUUUGGAAUACUUCAGCACCAUUUUGGAUAUCUGUGCUAGUGAAUUCUAUAUAUAUAUUGCCGAUCGAUCUGGAGGGCAAAAGGAAAUAAUUUCACAAAGUUGACAUGUUCAAAACCAACGAGGAACGCUUUACUUUACAUAUCGUUAACCACUAGCCAGUCUUGAGGGAGUUGCCAGGACACCUUAGAGCGCGCAGGAUCAGGGAGCCAUGGACCUGCCGUCGAUGGUGCAGCGUUCGGGCGACACGCUCAUCGUUCGGAGCGUGGUGAGCGGCAACCAGCUGUACACGGAGCAGGGCAGCCACAACGCCCCCACCAACACGUCGCACAUGUCGAGCAACUCGGGCAACAAUGCGGCGGCCGCACAAGCGGGAUCCUCACUUCUCGAGCGCCAUGUGGAGCGCUACCACCUGCAACAGUUGCUGCAACAGCAGCAGCAAGCGGCAGCAGCAGUUGCAGUGGUGAACAGCGUGCAACAGCAACAGCAGCAGCAGCAACAACAGCAACAGGUCAUCAGCGGUCUGGACGCCAAGGAGGAGGGUCUGCCGCAGUGCAAGAUCAAGAGGAACUACAGCUGCAACCACUGCGCGUACUUCACCCAGAAUCCCCGCUACCACUUGACCCACCUGCGCGACGUUCACGGCGAGAAGAUCGUGAUCAACAAGUGCAAGCUGUGCCUGUACGCCUCGCGUCACUUCCAGAAGCUGGUGCGGCACAUGAAGAUGGUGCACGGCUGCACGGACGGGAUUCCCAGUGGCCAUGGCCAGGCGCGUGGCAAGCGGGGAAUGAGUCGCGAGGCGAGGAAGCGACGUUUAGAGGAGAGUGUGGGUGUGAUGGGUGGUCAGAGUUUGGCAGUCUCGGUGCCAGAUGUUCCCACUUUGGAGCAGGUGAAGCGGGAGCUCCUCCUGCAGGAGGAGAAACUCCAGCGGGACAUUCAGGCCUUCAAGCAGCGACAGCGCGAGGAGCAGCAGCGCGAGCAGCGGGAACUGGAGCUGGUGGCCACCAGUGCGUAUGAGCGACAGAUGCAGGUGCUCCGCGACUACGAGCGCCAAUCGCCCGCCGAACCGCCCACCCCGUCGCCCACCAGCGGCUCGGCCACGCCCCCCUCGAACGGGGAGGAGCCGCAGAACCGGCUGCUGAAGUGCAGCGCCUGCGAGUUCACCACCCUCUAUCGCACCCAGCUGCGGGCCCACGAGCUGGCCGAGCACGGCAAGACGAAGUUCUUCCGGUGCGACAAGUGCAGCUAUGUGACCCACAUCAAGGCGCGCUUCAGCAAGCACGUGAAGUACCACUCGAUGCCGAUGAUCAAGUGCGUCACCUGCGACUUCCGCACCCCCUACAAGUGGAACCUGGACAGGCACAUGAAGAACCACGGCGGUGCCGGCGCCUUCAAGUGUGCCGCCUGCGACUUCACGGCGGACAUCAAGCAAUCUCUGACGGUCCACGAGAUGAACCACCAUGUGCCGCCGGUGGGCAAUGCCGGUUCCAUUUGGCCGAGGCGCCAGAACAAAGUGGGUGCGAGCGAGAUGUGCGAGGACUUCCUCAGCGAUUCCGCCGAGCUGGAGGAUCAGUACAACAACAACAAUGUGGACGAUGAACUCGAUGGCGUCGAGGAUCCCGACGAUGCGAUGAGCGGCGGCGAGGAUCAUCCGGUCCAUCACUAUGGCAAGCGGGGCAAGUACGACGACGAGGAGGAGCCCACGGAUCUGUCGCAGAAGGGCGGCUGCUCCUCGGACACCUCCAGUGUGGGCACCACCACGCCCAGGGCCCAGCGAGCCGUGCCCAAUCUCAUCCCGAUCCCCAAGGGCGCCAAGGACGUAUUGAACCUGUCAAAGGAGACGAACGCCGCGCGCAGUUCCCUCACAGAUAUCGCCUCGAUGUUCUUCAACAAGGAGCAGAUCUCGGAGAUGAUGGACAAGUCGGAUGUGCCCCAACUAUCGCCGGCGACGACGGUCGCCUCGCAGAACUCGACGCGCAGCCAGAUGACCAAGCGGUCGAGCUUCCUGGAGAAGAUGAAGAUGGGGACGCAGCACGAGAAUUUGGUGUGCCAGUGCGGCCACGUGGCCAAGUGCCUCUCGGAGUCGAUCAUCCACGGCAAGAGCUGCCACGCCUCCGCAGUGAUAAUCGACGACGAUGAUGCCGGUCUGCACGAGGACGAUGCGGAUGAUCGGCUGGAGAUCGACGAGGACGACGAGGAUCACCACUCGCACUCGGCUCUGAAUCUCAGUGUGACUGGAUCCACGAGAUGCCAGCACUGCCGCCACCGCUGCAAGUCCUCCACGGAUCUGCUGCACCAUCUGAAGCAGUGCGUCGAGGCGAUCCGCUGUGCCAACGAGAUGUACGACUCGAAUUCCGGGGAGAGCGGCGAUCGGCGACCGGAUCCGCAGGCUCUCCAGCAGCAGGCGGCCGUCCAGCAGCAGAGGGUCUGCAUCUGGAACAAGGCCACCAAGGAGAUCGUCGCCGCCGCCGCAGCCGCCUCCUUGCAGCAGGAGAACCACAGCCACUCGCUGGUCAAGUCGCCCGCAGGAAGCCAAGUGGCCAGCAACGAGGAGAACAGCUACUACGGCGUGGAAACGGCGCCCGGAUACGGCGAGGUAACCAAAAAGAUGACGCCCGAGGAGGAGGCAGCCAACUCGUCCCUGAAGAAGGUGUACAAGUGUCCGCACUGCAGCUUCUGGGCCUCGACGGCCUCCCGCUUCCACGUCCACAUCGUAGGCCACCUGAACAAGAAGCCGUUCGAGUGCUCCCUCUGCUCGUACCGCUCCAACUGGCGCUGGGACAUCACGAAGCACAUCCGCUUGAAGACCAUCCGCGAUCCCUCGCACAAGACGGCCAAGGUCCUGAUGAACGACGAGACGGGCCGCAGGAACUACACCAAGUACAACAAGUACAUCACCCUGAUGAAGGUCACCGAGGAGGACGGCGAUCCCAAGCUGAUGAAGUCCGGCGAGAUGACCCCCAACCAGGUGGCCUCGCUGGCCUUCUUGAAGGACUUUGCCAAGGUUGGUUCGGUUGCCGGGCAGGACAUCACCUUGGAGCCGGUGGCGCCCAGCAAGCCGAAUGUCCUGGAUGACGCCCAUCUGGCGGACAACCUCAUCCGGAUUCCUCUGCUGGCCACCAUGAUGAACGCAGCGAUGGCGCAGCAGCAGCACCAGCAGCAGCAGCAGAAGGAGCACCAGUCCACCAUGAUCACGCCCUCGGUGACCAUCUCGCCGGUGAAGCGACCAGGUCAGCCUUCUGGAUUGCAGAUGCAGGGCAAACCCAGUGACGACCUCAUCACAGAGGUGCACCAGGAGGGCAACGAGAAGAGGACCGUCUACCGAUGCCGAAAGUGCAAUUUCGGCCACCAGAACCGGGACGCAGUGCUGGCGCACGUGAAGAUCCACUACCAGGACGCCGGCUACCCGAAGUCGAGCGGGGCCAACUCCACGACGUCGCCGUUGCAGGUGUCGGUGGGCGGCAAUCCGCAGUUCUACAUCAGCAAGGUCUUCUCGGCGAUGUGCCUGUCGCAGGCCCAAUCGCAGUCGCAGUCGCCCGGAUCCGGAUCGGUGUCCGGUUCGGUUUCGGGAUCGGCCGGCACGAGUCCGGCGAUCUCGGCCGGGCUGCUGCAGCGGGCCAUCCAGGAGGUGCAGCCGAACGCCAGCGCUCUGAGCGGACUUGCUUUGGCGUUGGCGGGCGGGAAGCCACAAGCCAAUACGACGAAAGCCAGUGCCGCCUCCAUUUUAGAGCACGGUGAGCAGAAAGCGAGUCAAAACGAGGCAAGUGCCGACAGUCUGACGUCGCCGAACACCACCAAAGCCACCAAUACCACCAUUAUCACCACAACAACAACAACAACUGCGACUGCAGCUAGCACCACUAGUUCCACCACCAAAGACCACGCCAGAUCGCUGCAGGAUCUGCUCACAUCACCGCGCAGUGCCAGAAAUGGAGCUCAUCAUCCUAACGCUAACAGUAACUCGGUUGUGGGCCACGGACUCCUUCGGCAGGAUGCCACCUACGUCGCCUCAUCCACCAACUCCACCACAACCACCAACUCACCACCUUUGCCAGUAACUACCACUCCUUCUCCUAUUUCUACUGCUCAUCCAACGGGCGCGGGUAGCUCAUCAACCACUUCAUCCCACCACAACCACCUAAACCACCACCUCAACCACCAAAAUGAACAUUCUCCACUCAUCGCCGGUGAUGGUUACCACCUGGCAGCGGGUCUAACCCAUGUCCACACCACAAACACUAACCCGAAAGCCAAUCCCAACACCGCCAACUCCAAUUCCUUUCCCUCGUCAUCGUCGUCCUCGUCGUCCGCGUCUUCGUCGUCGUCAUCGUCUUCGGUGGCCUCCACUUCCUCGGCCGCCGGCUCCUCCUCCUCCGCAUCGUCACCGACGCCGCCGCCACCGCUGGCCGCCGCCACCGGAGCAUCCGGCUCCUCCUUUCUACCACAAGGACAGCCCGCCGUGCAGAUGCCGCAACCACAGACGACGCGGUUCCAUAGCCAUAGUCCAGGUAGUCCCAGCCUCCUGACCAUUUCCGAUGGCGACCGCCGCGAGCCGUCGCCCUAUCGCUGCGGCCACUGCCACCAGGUCUCGAAUUGGAAGCACGUCAUCCAGCGGCAUUGUCGCUUAAAGCAUUCCGGGGAUAUUCGGAUCGAGACCCUUGAGCGAGGAGCCAGUGUCUCGGCGAAUGCACCACCCAUCUAUCGUCCAUUGGGAGCCGGUGCCAGCAACGAAUCCCAGACCCACAUCCCGUCGAAUCCCAACCACAGCAGUGUCCAGAAGUCCACCAUCAACGCGGGGAGCAACAGCAACACCGCCCAGCUGCUGAUGACCCCCAAGCAGCUGGAGCAGCUCCUCCACUCGCCGCUCUCGGCGAGCGCGGCUGCCGUGGUGAAUGCGGCCAACACCCAGCAGGAUCUCCAGGCGGCGGCGGCCUAUUGGGCAGCUGCCUGCAAGGCUGUGGUGGCCAGCAGCAGCGCCGAGGAGCUGUUGCAGCUGCAGCAGAACGACCAGAUCGAGAUCACCCGGCUGCCCUCCUCCACGGAACAGUCCACCUCCGGUUUGACCAGCAACAAUAUCAACAACAACAACACCAAGAGCAAGCAGCAGAAGUGUCCGGUGUGUCCGUACAUCUCGGAGAGCAAAUCCCAGAUGAACUACCACGUAUCGCUGCACAAACCCACGCAGUACGAAUGCAGAUUGUGCACCUUUGUGUGCGCCAAGAAGCAGCACCUGAGCAGCCACAUGCGGAGUGUCCACCAGCAGCAGAUGGCGGGAUCCGCAGUGAGUGGCGGAGCAGGAGGAGGAGGAGCUUCCUCCCUGGGACUGGACUUCAGUAUGGCCUUCCAACUGGCGGCAGCUGCCAAGCAGGUGCAGCAGUUGCCCGCCUCCACGCCACUUUCCAUUGAUCUGUCGCAACUCCAACUGGAUGCCGCCUCGGAUGCGGAGCUCAAUCCGCAGCAGUUGCCGCCGGAGUACCAGUACAAGCUGAUCAGCUACUGUCCCAGGUGUCCGGCUCGCUUCGCCCAGAAGCACAACGACGAGCGGAACGCCAAGCAGGAGCUGGAGCAGCACCUGCUGGCCCACAACGACCAGGAGCUGGAGGAGCAGGGCUAUGUAUGCGCUUACUGCGAGUACCGCACCGCCGAGGAGACCCUGCUCCAGCUGCACCGAGCCGUGCACAUGUCGCACUACCAGGAGAAGUGCCACCAGCUGUACAAGAACUGCAAGGAGGACGUCGAGUAUCCGUCGCCCAAACUUCUCCAGCUGACCGGACCGGAAACCAUCUGGGUGGUGGACAACGAACUCAGCCUGCAGCUUCUGCAGCAAUCCAGUGGAGCAGGUGUGAGUUCCUCCACCGGAAGCUUUGACAACGCGAACUCUCUGCUGAAGAAGCAACUGGAAUCGGGAGGUGGUCAAGUCGUUCCAAGGGAAACCCCAGCAACCAAGGUGGAGGAGGAAGCCCCCGAGGAGGAUGAAGAGCGAAGGAGCAGCUCCACCCCGUCCACUUCCGCUUCGGUGGCCACCAGUGACUUGGCGGCGGAUGCCAGCAGCGAUGCCGGGUCCGUGGACAUGCCGCAAUCCACGCCGGCACCCGAGCGCUGUCUCCACUGUCCCUUCGAGACGCAGAAGCACGAGGAGCUGCUGCAGCACCUCCAGAAGCACGCCUGCGUGAAUCCUCCGCCGCCGGGCGCCCCGCAGUGUGCCCACUGUGACUACUAUGCCAGUGAGGAGGCGGAAAUGGAGGAGCACACGGCCCUGCACUUCAAUGCCAGUGAGAAACUGAAGUCCGUGGAGUUCUACACCUGCUACGACCGCCUGGAGAUCAGUGUGGAGAAGGAGCCGGAGGAGGCCAGUGGCACCAAGGAGCAGCAGGUGGCCGAGCACAAUAACAACCAGGACAACGUGUUGAACGCCAAUGUGCAGCAGGAGCAGAGCAAUCCCGAUGAGGAGCCGUCCAACGAGGCGGUGGAGGAACCUCCAGCCAAGAAGCCCAGCACCAAGUUGAUUCUCUACAAGAAUGAAGGCGGCUUGAGUGUGAAACCAUCGCAGGAGGAGGCCACCUUGGACUCGCAGAAGAGCGAGAAUAUCAGCGAUCGGCUGCGGCGAAGGAUCCUGCGGGGAAGUGCCAACCCGCAGGAGGAGUCACCUGUGCAGGAUCGACCCACUACACCGGACAAAAUGAUACUGGUCAAUGCCAAGACGGGCAAAGUCAUUUCCAGAAAGUAGACCCCCUAGAAAGGUCGAAUCUUUUAGUACGUUUAAUCACUUUACCGUUAAGUUUAGUCCUUAAGCGAGUUUUGGUUUUGUUAAUACCUUAUUGUUGUUGCUUAUGUUUUUUUGAGUUUUUUUCGGGGUACGAGUUAGUGGAGUUCGGGAUUUGUUUUAGGCACUCUUUAAGGAUUUCUAUUGUCACUAACACCCACAUAUUUACACACCUAGUUGGAACAUGUUCCUGCACUUAAAACUUAGUUAAGCCCUUAGUUAGUCUAACCAUAAUUUAUCAAAACAAAAUUCGAAUACGUUACGUUUCACACGGGAAUUUCUUCAGUUCUUACUGUAAUUACUUGCUAAAACGGUGCAAAAUGUAAUUUAAAUUAAUUGUAAUGUAAAUUAUCAGAGGGAAACCUAUAAGCGUAUGCCUAAAUGUAGGACCUAUAUUUACCAUUGGCUAAAUAUGUAACAAGAUGACCUAAAACAACCAGAGCAAGAUCUAAAAGCGUUUCAAAGAAAUCAACUUUGUAUAGGAAAAGUAUAAAUUCAAAAUUAAGUCUUGCUACAAUUAAUUUGUUUAAUUUUUUGAAUGGGAACUGUGAUUAUUGAUAAUUGUAAAUGCAAAAAUAAAACAAGAAGAGCGCGUAUAUCAUGCAAUGAAUAUGGUACUAUAUACAUACUAUAUAAAUCUAAACAUAUAUAUUUACACACAGCUGCUGCGAAAAGAAACACAAUUUAAAUGCAAUUCAAAAAUCAACAGAGAAUAGGGAAAUUUUUGCAAUAUUUGCAAUAUUAUUUUGUACAAGUGCAGCACACGGUUAAAAUUAGUUGUUAGUUUUUAGUUCUGUCCUUAUCAUUACAACAAUUGUUUUCCGAAAAAAGAAAAAACAAAAACAGCGUCUUUGUAGCACAGUGUAGGCGUAAACACUACAAACAAAAUGUUAUCAUAAACUGUAAGCAAACGAAAAGAACACAUGUGGAAUAGCGGGGCCAUAUUUAAAUAGUUUAAAGCAAAGAAACAUUUAAACAAAGCAAAUCAAAACCAGAAGAUAACGCUAACAAGCGAUAAGUAUACAGAAACCUACUUGGAUUUAAAUGCAACCGCCUUUGAUAUGCAUAUAUACAUCUUAUAUCGAUACCGAUAUCUAUACACACAAUAUAUUAUAUAUUAAAUAGUCCUUAACAUUGAACUACAUUUAAACUUAAAGCUAGUGUAAAUAACUUAGUUUUGUUUACUACGCACACAGACACACAACACUUAAACACACACACCAACACACCCGAAGAUUUACGGCAUUAAAUUACAACAGAGAAAAAUGUACAAAAAACAAUUGUUAAUAAAGAAUCAAAUAAAAAAUACACAAGUUGCAUUUACAA